UCGUUUAUGAACUUAAUGCUGUAUUUUUUUUCCUUUAAAAUUCCAAUUUGUUUGAAAGUUAUUGCAAAUCAUGGUUUAAGGCUUAAUGUUGAAGACUUCAAUGGGAGCACGCCCAAUUCAUGUGCAUAUAAGUUGCAAAAAAAUUCUACAGUCACGCCCAAACCUACUGAAUGCUGUAUUGAGUUGUCAACCGAGUCAAGCAACUCUAAUGAGGAUGAUUGCAUUGAAAUUAUAGAAGAAAAACACAAUAUUUUUGAAAAGGAUACCAUUGAAGAAAAACAUAUUAAUGAAAAUAGAGAAGAUCUGUUUUGCAAAACAUUAGAUUCAAAUAAGCUUUGGAAAAAACUUGGUUUAUACAUAAUGGAUGAGAAGGAAUUAAAUGUCAUUGAAGUUAUGGAUAGCACUCCAACAAAAACUAUAUUGAAUGAAUUAAAAAAGCAAAAUGGAGAAAAAUAUCCUGAAAAACUAAAGUAUAUUUUGUCUGACAGUAAACUGAAGGAAUUUGCACACUUACUAAAAGUUGAAGUGUGAAUAAUGAUUACCACAUUAAAAUCAUUAUUGUGUUGCAGUUUUCUAAUACCAUGAAUAUUUACACUCAAGCUAAAGCUCACUGAGCAUUGUCUUAAAUGCUGGACACUUUGAAAAAUAACAAAUUUUAUAUGUGCCUAAAAAACUUCCUGUUGUCAAUUUUGAAAGACAGUGCUUUGUCAAUGCUGCAUUACUCUCCAGUUUUUCAAAGCAAGCUUUUAAAGAUAUAUUCUUUUUUAAUUCUCAAUCAUUUCUAUAUCUUGUACAUUUCUUUUAUUUGUUUUACCAAUCAGGGUACCCUUUUCUUUUUUUUCCAAAGGAAUUGUUAUUUUAAAUGUAGUGUAAAUAUUUGUUAAAUAUUCAUAAAUUUGUGUACUUCUGUGAAUGCUUGCAAGAAGAAUGAAUGAGUAAUAAAUAUAAAAUUAUUUACAAAAAAUUACUAUUAUUAUUGUCAUUGAUUGUAAAUAUAAGAUGAUAAAAAUUCUGUUUGUAUACUGCUGUUAUUAUUAAAAUUUUUCAUCUCUA